UUCUCUUCUCUUCUCUUCUCUUCUCUUCUCUCUCAGGGGAGGGUUAAUUUGGUAAUUAAAUAAGCAAAAUGGCGGCGGCGGCGGCGGCGCAUUUUAGCGCGGGGCGGUGCGCAGCGGCGCUUCUGCUUCUGCUUCUGCUUCUGUGCUUAUCGUGCGCCGCCGGGGGGAGGGCGGCGCGGGAACCGAGGCGGCGCCGCGGGGAGCUGCACCGCCACCUCGGGCGCCUCAACAAACCCCCUCUUAAGACCAUUCUGAGCCCAGAUGGAGACAUCAUAGACUGUGUGCAUGUCUCUCAUCAACCAGCUUUUGAUCACCCUUUCCUCAAAAACCACACUCUCCAGUUGAGGCCAGCAUUCCACCCAGGAGGGCUAAUGCAAGAUGAUGAGAGCAAGUUUAAGAUCACAGCAUCAUCAGGUGAAAAGACCAAAAAGCCCAUGACUCAGCUGUGGCAUCAGAGUGGUGAGAGUUGCCCAGAAAACACCAUUCCCAUUAGGAGGACCAAGAAGCAGGACUUACUGAGGGCCACCUCUUUUAGGAGAUAUGGGAAGAAGAAGCACAAUAGCUUCCCAAGCCCCAUGUCUGGUGAUCCUGACCUCCUCAAUGAGAGUGGACAUCAGCAUGCAAUAGCUUAUGUAGAGGGAGACAAGUACUAUGGAGCAAAGGCAACCAUGAAUGUGUGGCAACCAAAGAUUCAACAAACCAAUGAGUUCAGCUUGUCUCAGAUAUGGAUCUUAGGAGGCUCCUUUGGACAAGACCUCAAUAGCAUUGAAGCAGGGUGGCAGGUUAGUCCAGAUCUUUAUGGGGAUAACAAUACAAGGCUGUUCACCUACUGGACUAGUGAUGCUUAUCAAGCUACAGGGUGCUACAACCUACUGUGCUCUGGAUUCAUCCAGAUAAACAAUGACAUAGCAAUGGGUGCUACCAUCUACCCAAUCUCUGGCUAUGGCUCUCCCCAGUAUGACAUCAGCUUAUUAGUCUGGAAGGAUCCGAAGGAGGGGAACUGGUGGAUGCAGUUCGGGAACGGCUACGUGCUCGGCUACUGGCCGUCCUUCCUCUUCUCCUACUUGGCCGAGAGCGCGUCGAUGAUCGAGUGGGGGGGCGAGGUGGUGAACUCGCAGCCGGGCGGCGAGCACACCGCCACGCAGAUGGGCAGCGGCCGCUUCCCGGAGGAAGGGUUCGGAAAGGCGAGUUACUUUCGGAACAUUGAGGUUGUGGAUGGUGCAAACAACUUGAGAGCACCUGGGGAUGUUGGGACCUUCACUGAGCAAUCCAACUGCUAUGAUGUGCACACUGGGAAGGGUGGGGACUGGGGGAAUUACUUCUACUAUGGGGGGCCUGGUAAAAACCCUAAUUGUCUAUAGAGAUAUUAUUGAGCUUAACCCUAAUUAUUAUGAUAAUGUGUUGGCUUGGUAUGUAAAUUAAUGUUCUUUUUUUUUCUUUUUUUUUUUUUCUCUCUCUUUUCAAUUUGAUCCAUGUUAAGUGGUUGGGGUGAAUAUGGUAAAAAGUGUCUUCCCUGUUUGGAGUGUUUUGUUCAUGCUUGUGAGUGAAUGAAAGGUGAAAAUGUAUGGAGACCCUUUCUUAACUUUUGGUUACUUUGAUUUUAAGUUAUUUAA